GAACUUAAGUCAUUCUAGAAAAAGAGACAAAUAUAAAGUGUGUUUAAUUCAUUUUUUCUUCAAAUCAAACCGAAACGUCUAUUCCUCUUGACGCUUCUUCUUAUCCCUAGUACAAUACAUAAGAACAUGACGCUUCAUCGUUCUUUUUUUUUGUCUGCAUUAGCAAACGUUUAGUGUAAGACAUACACGUUAAUUUACCAAUAUACGUUAUAAAUGGAUACAACGUACAGUGAUGCACCGCUUCACGGUUUUAUGAUUUAUAGAAAAGAAUAGUGUCAGGGGUUCUACAGUUGUUAUCACAUAAUAUAUUGCGCAUUUAUGAGAUCAUUAGCUCAUUGGUGUCUCCUGAGAUUAAUAGGGACACAGAGGAAUCAUAGAUCAAUAGGGUUUUAAAGCUGUGUCUCUAAAAUUUGCAGGUAGAUAUGGAUCAGGAGAUGGCACCCAUAGACAUAGAAUCUCAAACUCAGGAAACCCCUGACAUAUUUCACAAAGGAAAACGUCCUGUGGUUCUUAAGUUUGAUGAUGUUGUCUUUAAAAUCAAGCCCAAGAAAGGUGGACCAUUUGUGAAGAACGGAGUGGCAGAAGAAAAAGAGAUUCUGAAGGGAGUGACUGGUGUUGUUGAGCCUGGUGAGAUGCUAGCCAUGCUGGGUCCAUCUGGGAGUGGCAAAACAACUCUGCUCACAGCAUUGGGAGGAAGGCUUGGAGGGAAGCUUGAUGGAAACAUAACAUACAAUGGCCAAGCCUUCUCAAAUGUAAUAAAGAGGAACACUGGCUUUGUUACUCAAGAUGAUGUUCUCUACCCGCAUUUGACUGUGAUUGAGACCCUAGUCUUCACUGCGCUUCUCAGAUUGCCCAACAGUGUCACCAAAGAAGAGAAAGUUGAGCAUGCAAGAGCAGUGAUAAAUCAACUUGGUUUAAGCAAGUGCAAGGAUAGCAUUGUUGGCAGUGCUUACUUGAGGGGGGUUUCUGGGGGAGAGAGGAAGAGGGUUAGCAUUGGACAAGAACUACUCAUAAACCCAAGUUUGUUGUUUCUUGACGAACCUACCUCUGGGCUAGACUCAACCACAGCACAGAGAAUUGUCUCAACCUUGUGGGAGCUAGCAAGAGGGGGUAGAACUGUUGUGAUGACAAUACACCAACCUUCAAGUAGACUAUACUACAUGUUUCAUAAGGUGUUGUUGCUAUCAGAAGGAAACACGUUGUAUUUUGGAAAGGGAUCUGAGGCCAUUGAAUAUUUUUCUAAUAUUGGAUAUGCCCCAACAUUGGCCAUGAACCCCGCAGACUUCCUUUUGGAUCUUGCAAACGGUAUAUACACUGAUGAAUUGAAUGAGGAUCAUGCCAUAGAUAAACAUAAAUUGAUUUCGGCAUGCAAGAAAAACUUGGCUGCACAAUUGAAGCCAGCACUUCAAGGAAUCAGUGACUCUGGUAAAAACCAGAAAAGAUUUCUGGAAAGAGGCUCUGGAAAAUGGCCAACCAGCUGGUGUCAGCAAUUCUCAGUGCUGCUAAGAAGGGACAUCAAAGAGAGAAGGCAUGAAUCAUUAUCUGUUUUGCGGAUUGGUCAGGUCCUUGUGGUUUCACUUAUUUCAGGACUACUGUGGUAUAAGUCUGAUAUUUCACACUUGCAAGAUCAGAUUGGGCUUCUAUUCUUCAUGUCUGGCUUCUGGGGUUUCUUCCCUCUCUUCCAAGCAAUUUUCACAUUUCCCCAAGAGCUACUGAUGCUAGAGAAAGAAAGAUCUUCUGGAACGUACAGGCUUUCCUCAUACUUCAUGUCAAGGAUGGUAGCUGACCUUCCCAUGGAACUUGUUCUUCCCACCAUAUUUCUUUUCAUAUGCUAUUGGAUGGCAGGGUUGAGAGCUAAUGCACUCAGCUUCUUGUACACAUUGCUCACCCUCUUGUUCAAUGUGUUGGUCUCACAAGGCCUAGGCCUUGCCCUUGGUGCUUCUGUCAUGGAUCAAAAAGCUGCAACCACACUUGCCUCAGUCAUCAUGCUAUGCUUCUUGCUGGCUGGGGGAUUCUAUGUUCAGCAUGUUCCAAAAUUUAUUGCAUGGGUCAAGUACAUUUCCAUCAGCUUCUACACCUACCAGCUCUUUAUUGGCUCGCAGUAUCACCACGGUGAGACAUACCCUUGUUCUGUGGGUCAGUGCCAAAUUGCAGAUUUUCCUUCUAUAAAGGGAAUGGGAAUUCAUUUUAGUUUGCAUGAGCAAAUCAUGGCUGCAUCAGCUUUAAUGAUAAUGCUAAUAGGUUAUAGACUUAUAGCUUAUCUUGCUCUCAUGAGGAUUGGGGUGAUAAAGAACUAGACUAGUGUCGUUCUCUGAUCAGGUUUAGUACUUGAAUUAGAUUUUGAUUUUCUUCGGUUCAAACUCUUAUUCUAGUCCUGUAGUGUCCCAAAGUAACUAGAUAGUUCUUGUGAAACAUCUGGUGGCCAGAGUGACAUAUGUAUUUGAUAUAGACAAAGUCCAUAUAGAACAUCAUGUUGAUCGAGAUAUUUUCUGUUAGACUAUUAUCCUCUAUGAGAAGCAAAUUUCUUCGA